AUGGUACCAGCGUUGAGGCGAACGAUCCUAAUACUGAUCAUGGUGGCCGCCUAUUCGGUCGGAGUCAUCACGUGGUUAUGUAAGCGGCACCCCUCUGAAUUUCAAGGGUUCAACAAUGGAAUUCUUGACACUCAAGAACCACUGUUGGCCAUCGUUCUGCCAAUCCACGAUGGUGAUGCAGCUCUGGCCAUGACAGCAAUGUCAAAGUGGCCAACGACUUGUUACUCCAACACGCUGACCAACAUGGACCUAAUAAUCUACAAGGCAGAGGCUGUUGAAAGCACCACCGAUCUACUCUCCCAAGUGCCACGCGAGGCAUCAGGUUGCUUUCGAAGCACCAAGGUCAUCACGGGAAAUCUCACCCCAGAGGUGUGUACCAUUCAGACCCUACGCUAGUAGCGCCGGCAGGUCGAAAACAAAGAUAGAGUUUUUCAUGUUCAUUGAGAAAACAUCAUGAGAGUGAGUCAGAUGAGUUUUCGGAAGACAGCGUAGAACAGGCCUACAUUCAUGCCUGGAGAGUCGCAUGUCUACCGCCUCGGAAAUAGCCUCCCAUAUGCAGCAACCAGUAGUCGAGCCAUGUCUUGGCGGUGUCAGGAGAGGAGCAGAGCGAUGAAGAACUUUGGCGGUGUCAGGGAAGAGCGUGGUGAGCAACGCCGGACGUGAAGCUGUACAGUUCGAACAUGUUCUCGGAUGUGUGUUUGUACAGAAGCAGCUGUGGGCUGCAUGCGGUGCGCCGCCAUUGAAGAGGCCGGACAACAAGCGAACGGCCGUGUGGGACCGAAUACACAGCACCUAGCAGGCAUGUGACCGCACUGGAAGGACCUACACGUGGCACCGUUUCAUCUGAGAUCAUCAGGGCACUGAUGUAGUAAGGAUCUGUCUGAGCGUGCAGAGUCUCGGAUGUAGAUAUGAAGAGAAAGUGUGAGCUUUAGAUGCUAGUGCUGUGCAGAAUGUAGCACAGCAAACGGUAACAAUUGUUGAUACAAGCAUGUUGCAUUUGACUAUGCCACUGUUUCGGUUUGUCAAACGAAUGUUCCCAAGGUUGAGGCCCGGUUUCGAAAAAAAAAAUCAUCAUCCGUUGUUCAUUGUUUUUCUUGGGGACUGAUGCUGCUGUUGAACUCACCACCACAUUACCUGCUAACGGCACAAAACAGGUAAGAACGAGCUACGGCUCACCACAUUACCUGCCACUGUGUACGUCCUCUACGAUCUACAUUAUAAACCCACUUUAUACCCAUACCAACCCAUCAAUGGACAUCAUGACUCAGAACAACACGGGAGGAGUAAAUAUGUUCUCGCGUGACCCCGUACACAUUGAAACAACGACACGUUGCUACGUAGGCAAAAACCUGACAUAUCCGGCUUUGUCAAAUGCACACCAUGCCCAUAUUCACACACCCGAUGAACCAACUACCCAACCUGUUCCCUCCACACCACUUCAGCGUAGCACAAAGAUAGAUACACGAGACGGCUACAAAACUGUCUUCUUAACCCUGUUACCCAGGGGGAAGAUAUCACUACGGUGUGCUGCUUGAGAAAUCGU